AUGGCAGAACAAAUAGCUAGAGGCAAUCAAUAUCAAUAUACUGCCAACUCCAAUCUAGUACUUCAGGCAAACAGAUCAGAGCUGCCUCGUCGAGAUCAUGAACCCUCUGGAGAACCAGAAUCACUAUGGGGAAAGAUCAACCCAAAAGACUUUGGAAAUAAAGCACAGAGGACUAGUAUAAAAGAUCUGAAAGCGAAAAAAGAAAAGGCACUGAGGGCCGAGGAAGCUGCUGAGAUGAAACGACGGAAGAAGAAGGAGAGUGCACUAAAGAAAGCCUAUGGGUACUCUAAUGUCCUGGCUGCUACGGAAGAUCUUGAAGGUUUAAGCUAUCGUCCCAGAACAAAAGAAACCCGUGAAACAUAUGAGUUAAUUCUCGCCUUCGUUCACCAGAACCUUGGCGAUCAAGUCCAAGAUGUCAUUCGUAGUGCAGCUGAUAAUGUAUUGGAAAUACUGAAAACUGAUACCUUGAAAGAUUAUGAUAAGAAGAGGGAGAUGGAAAGCAUUAUUGGAACACUUAAGGCUGAAAAGUUUGCACAACUUGUUAAUCUUGGGAAGAAGAUCACAGAUUACCAAACUGGAGAUGCUAUGGACAUCGACAAGGACGGUGAGCGCGCCGGCGUUGAGGCAGAAACAACUGGUGUGCUCGGUGUGGGUACUGUGAAAGAGGAUGAAGACAAAGCACGCUUAUCAGAAGAUGAGAAUGAAGGAUUUAAAACUGUAAUAGGUCCAGAAAUUAGUAAAUCGGUUAAGAUAACAGGAGCUCAGGCAGAUCAGAAGAUUUCUCCUCACGAUAUCGACGCGUUCUGGCUACAGCGUUUGAUAGCCAACUACUAUUCGGAUCCACAUACAGCGCAAGAGAAGACUACCAGUACAAUGCAGAUUUUGGCAUCUGAUAUUAAUACUCGCGAUUGUGAAAACGAAUUGAUGAAUUUGUUUGAUUAUGAUAAAUUUGAUCUAGUCAAGAUACUUACCCGUAAUCGAGAUCUUAUAUUAUGGUGUACCAAGUUGGCUAGAGCCAGUACAGAUACCGAGAGACAACAAUUGGAACGUGAAAUGAACGAAAAGGGAGUGAAAUGGAUUCUUAAAGAUCUUGGCGGAGAGAGGAUACGCAGAGGUGAAGGGGCUGCUCGCAAAGGGGUUGUUGAAAAUGCCAUGGAAAUAGACGAGAGACCGGCGCCUAUUCAGGGACCUUUACCUGCUGCUGUUAAGGCUACGCUACCCCCGGGAGUGACUGUUGCACCAAAAAGUGUUGUCGAUCUAGAAUCACUGAUGUUCGCUCAAGGUGGACAUUUGAUGACCAAUAAAAAGUGUAAAUUACCUGAUGGCUCAUUCAAGCGAUUAUUCAAGGGCUAUGAGGAAAUUCACGUGCCUGCUCCUAAACCGAAACCGUUCGCGGCUGAUGAGAAAGAAUUACUGAUCACUGAUAUGCCUGAAUGGGCUCAGGCUGCGUUUAAAGGUGCUGAAAAACUCAACAGAGUACAAAGUAGAGUAUAUCCUGCUGCGUUCACGACGGAUGAGAAUAUAUUACUUUGUGCACCGACAGGUGCUGGUAAAACGAAUGUAGCUAUGCUCUGUAUAUUAAAUGAACUUGGCAAGCAUCGCGAUGAGGACACUGGUGUGAUUGAUUUAGAUGCAUUCAAGAUCGUAUAUGUUGCACCAAUGAAAGCACUGGUGCAAGAAAUGGUAGGCAAUUUUUCGGUUAGAUUACAACCAUAUGGCAUCAAGGUAGCUGAGUUAACAGGUGAUCGACAACUUACUAAACAACAAAUAGCAGAGACACAAAUUAUUAUUACUACUCCUGAAAAAUGGGACGUGAUUACUAGGAAAGCAACGGAUAGAAGUUAUACUAAUUUGGUCAAACUUAUAAUUAUCGAUGAGAUCCAUCUUCUACAUGACGAUCGUGGUCCAGUUAUAGAGAGCAUAGUAUCUCGGACUAUCAGACAUAUGGAACAGACCCAAGAGUUGAUUAGACUAGUUGGAUUGUCAGCUACGUUACCCAACUACGAUGAUGUAGCCACCUUCUUACGAGUAGACAAAAAAAAAGGACUCUUCUUUUUUGAUAGUACAUACAGACCAUGUCCAUUGAAACAAGAAUUUAUUGGCGUAACAGAGAAAAAGGCUAUAAAGCGAUUCCAAGUAAUGAACGAAGUAACUUAUCAAAAAGUCAUGGAAAGAGCUGGUCGCAACCAGGUAUUAAUAUUUGUGCAUUCACGCAAAGAGACAGCCAAGACGGCCAAGACUAUUCGUGACAUGGCCCUAGAGAAAGAUUCAAUUGGUAGAUUCUUGAGAGAGGAUUCUGCUAGUCGUGAAAUUUUACAAACUGAAUCAACGACGGUCAAAGAUACCAAUCUUCAAGACUUGUUACCUUAUGGUUUUGCUAUCCAUCACGCCGGUAUGACCCGUGCUGAUCGUACAUUGGUAGAGGAAUUAUUUGACGGUAAGCAUAUUCAGGUGUUGGUUUCCACAGCUACCCUGGCGUGGGGCGUCAAUCUGCCCGCGCAUACAGUCAUUAUCAAAGGAACCCAAAUAUACUCUCCUGAGAAGGGCCGAUGGGUCGAACUUAGUCCGGAGGACGUUCUGCAGAUGUUAGGUCGAGCUGGUAGGCCUCAAUAUGACACUGAGGGCGAAGGUAUCACAAUCACUUCGAAUACCGAGCUACAAUAUUAUUUGUCACUUCUCAAUCAACAACUGCCGAUUGAAAGUCAGUUUAUUAGUAAAUUGGCCGAUAACUUGAAUGCAGAAAUCGUCCUUGGCACAGUGCGUAAUCGUGAUGAAGCAGUACAAUGGCUAGGAUAUACCUAUCUCUACGUGAGGAUGUUGCGUAAUCCAACAUUAUAUGGAAUUAAAUUAGAGGACUACGAGGAAGAUCCUACUCUAGAGCAGAAACGCGUUGAUCUGAUCCAUUCUGCCGCUCUUCUACUUGAUAAAUCGAAUCUAAUUAAAUAUGACAAGAAAACUGGUAGAUUCCAAGUUACAGAAUUGGGUCGUAUCGCUUCACACUACUAUAUCACUCAUAGCUCAAUGGCUACCUAUAAUCAGCAUUUGAAGCCAAUGAUGGGUCACAUCGAAUUAUUCAGAGUAUUUGCGCUCUCUGAUGAAUUCAAACACAUCCCCGUGAGAGAGGAAGAGAAGCUUGAACUAUCCAAGUUGUUAGAACGUGUGCCUGAACCUGUGAAAGAAGGUAUCGAAGAAUCAACCGCAAAGAUAAAUGUCCUACUACAAGCCUACAUAUCUAAACUUAGCUUGGAGGGAUUCGCUCUUGUUUCAGACAUGGUUUAUGUCACUCAAUCUGCUAACAGAAUUCUAAGAGCAAUGUUUGAGAUAUGUCUGAGACGUGGAUGGGCGCAAUUAUCCAGAAGAGCUUUGGAUCUCUGUAAAAUGGUAGAUAAACGUAUGUGGCUAUCAAUGACUCCACUGCGACAAUUUAGACAAUUGCCAUUAGACUUGAUCAAAAGAAUUGAAAAGAAGGACUUUCCAUGGGAGAGAUAUUUCGAUCUUAAUCCGCAGGAAAUCGGAGAAUUUAUUGGAAUUCCCAAGGCCGGAAAGACAGUUCAUAAAUUCGUCCACCAAUUUCCGAAACUAGAUAUUCAGACAUAUGUUCAGCCAAUUACUCGAUCAUUACUGAGAAUAGAACUCAGGAUUACACCUGAUUUCCAGUGGGAUGAAAAAGUUCACGGAACAGCUGAAGCAUUUUGGGUCUUAGUAGAAGAUGUGGAUGGCGAAGUUAUUCUCUAUCAUGAUUCAUUCAUCCUCAAACAGAAAUACGCCGAAGAAGAUCAUACUAUUACAUUCACCGUACCUCUGUUCGAACCAUUGCCACCCAAUUAUUUUAUAUCCGUAAUCUCAGACAGAUGGCUUCAUUGUGAGACCAAGUUACCAAUUUCAUUUAGACACCUGAUUCUUCCUAAGAAAUACCCCCCACACACAGAACUUCUCGAUUUGCAGCCAUUACCCGUCUCUGCGUUGCGGAAUCGUGAAGCUGAAGUAUUGUAUAGUUCAUGGGUUGAUAAGUUUAAUCCCAUCCAGACUCAAGUAUUCAACGCUUUAUAUAAUAGCGAUGAUAAUGUGUUUGUUGGAGCUCCAACUGGAAGUGGUAAAACUGUAUGUGCUGAGUUUGCUCUUCUCCGUCUGUGGAGUAAAUCAAACAGAGGCAGAUGUGUAUACAUUGCCCCAUUCCAAGAAGUGAUCGAUUUACAGAUGACUGAGUGGAAACAGAAGUUUAGCAACUAUAAAGAGGGGAAGAACGUCGUUGCGCUUACCGGGGAGACGAGUGCUGAUUUGAAGUUAUUGGAAGCAGGUGAUGUUAUUUUUGCUACGCCAACUCAAUGGGAUGUUUUAUCUCGCAGGUGGAGACAACGAAAGAAUGUACAGGCAAUCGCAUUAGUUAUUGCGGAUGAAUUACAUCUCAUUGGCAGUGAUGUUGGUCCCACUUAUGAAAUAGUAUUGUCCCGUAUGAGAUUUAUCGCUCACGAUACGGGCAACCCCAUCAGAAUAGUGUGUCUGAGCACAUCACUUGCCAAUGCUCAAGAUUUGGGUGAAUGGGUUGGAUGUUCUCCGCAAACUAUAUUCAAUUUUCAUCCAAGCGUACGACCCGUUCCCCUGGAGAUACAUAUUCAAAGUUACGGCAUUCCACACUUUGCCUCUCUAAUGAUGGCAAUGGCUAAGCCUACAUAUGUUGCAAUUACCAGCUAUUCAGCAGAUAGGCCUGCGCUUAUCUUUGUACCGUCAAGGAAACAAUGUCGAUUGACUGCAGUUGACCUGCUCACGUUUUGCGCUGCUGAUGACUCUCCUGAUCGUUUUUUACAUGCCAACUUGGAAGAUAUCGAGGAGCAUCUGAGUCGUGUAACUGAUAAAGCUUUAGUAGAGACUUUGCGUCAUGGAGUUGGUUUUUACCACGAAGCCCUUAGUAAACAGGAUAAAAGGAUAGUAGGACAAUUGUACGAUUCAGGCGCAAUUCAGGUUGUAGUUGCUUCACGAGAUACAUGCUGGGGAUUGAAUCUGAGCUGUCACAUGGUAGUUAUUAUGGGAACUCAAUAUUUCGAAGGAAAAGAACACCGCUAUGCUGACUAUCCAAUAACAGAUGUUCUUCAAAUGAUGGGUCGUGCAUGCCGGCCGAGAGAAGAUGAUACUGGCCGAUGCGUAUUAAUGUGCCAAGGCAUUAAGAAAGAUUACUAUAAGAAAUUCUUGUACGAAGCAUUGCCUGUAGAAUCUCAUCUUGAUCGUCACCUGCACGACCAUUUCAAUGCAGAGAUAGUUACAAAGACUAUACGUAACAAACAAGAUGCUGUUGACUACCUCACAUGGACUUUCCUAUAUCGUCGUAUGGUUGAGAAUCCCAAUUACUAUGCAAUGCAGGGGUCCGACCACCGGCAUUUGUCAGAUCACCUGUCAGAAUUAGUCGAGACAACAGUUAACGAUUUGACUACAUCCAAAUGUAUCACUCUCGAGGAUGAAAUGAAUGUAUCUCCUCUGAAUCUUGGUAUGAUUGCGGCCUAUUAUAAUGUCAGUUAUAUCACUGUUGAGAUGUUCGGCAUGAGUCUUACAGAAAAGACGAAGCUCAAGGGACUCUUGGAGAUCGUCUCGUCGGCUGCUGAAUUCGAGAGCAUACCUAUCAGACAUCACGAAGACAUCUUACUCAAGAAGAUAUAUGAUAGGUUACCUGUUAAGCUUGGUAAUCCGAAGUUUAAUUCACCGCACAUUAAAACGAACAUACUCCUCCAAUCGCACUUUUCCAGAACCCAACUACCACCUGACUUGCAAUCAGAUCAGAUAGUUGUACUAGGCAAGGUGAUCUCUCUUUUGCAGGCUAUAGUUGAUGUGAUCAGUUCUAACGGAUGGCUGAAUCCGGCAUUGGCGGCAAUGGAGUUGGCACAGAUGUGCGUACAAGCCAUGUGGGAUCGUGAUCCACCGUUAAAACAAAUUCCAUACUUUACAAGCGACUUAAUCAAACGAUGUGAGGAGAAAGGAGUCGAAUCUGUGUUCGAUUUUAUGGAGUUGGAGGAUGAAGAUCGGAAUGAUGUUCUCCGCAUGGAUAGCCGGCAACUUCGCGAAGUGGCUCGCUUCGUUAAUAGGUAUCCCAGUAUCGAUUUUCAAUUCGCAGUGCGAGAUGAGGAUGAGUUAGUCGCCGGAUCCCAGGCAUCAAUUAAUGUUAAAUUGACGAGAGAAAUGGAUGAAGAUGAAGAUACAGAGACUAUUGUUGGUCCCGUUGUUGCUCCUUAUUAUCCACAAAAGAAGGACGAGGGAUGGUGGAUUGUUGUAGGUGACAGUAAGAAGAAUUCUCUGCUCGGAAUUAAAAGGAUUACUAUGAACAGGACGCUUGAAGUCAAAGUAGACUUCACCUGUCCGCCAGAAAUCGGGAAGCACGAUUUGAAAGUUUACUUUUUGUCAGAUUCUUAUAUGGGUUGUGAUCAAGAGUUAGAUUUCGAAAUUAAUGUACAAGAAGGUGCUGAGGAUAGUGAAGAAGAGGAUGAUGAAAUGGAUGAAUCGUAA